AUGGGAAAUGGAUAGUGUUGUUAAAAAGUCGAAAGAGUUGAAACCUUAUAAUAUGAUGAUGAAACUUCUCAUCCUGAGACUUCAAAAAGAGGAUCUUUGAAAUAAGGAGAUUAAUAACCAUAAAUGUUAAGUUAAUCAGAUUCAGAUGAAGAAUAUCCAAAACGAAAACAACAUUAAUUUGGAGUUUUAAAAGAACCAUAAAAAACAUCAUAGCUUUCAACUAUAUAAUAGUAUUCAUUUCAAAGUUUUUCAUCAGAGUAACAAUUUCAAAAUUUUGUUACAUUUUAAGCAUUGCCAUCUUAACAUGGGUUAAAGGGAAAUGUAUUUUAAAAUUUUUAAGCAGAAAUGAAUUAAAUCGUUCAAUAAUAAUAAACACAAGCAUAAAAAAAUUCAAAAAAAGUGUAAUUUGCAAUAUGA